UACUGGCUUGGUUGCCAUAUUGUCCGACUCCGGAUUCUGCAUUUUUUGCUGCACAGCCGACCUAACCAAACAAAUGUGUUUAUGUCGGCCGCCAAAUAAGUGUUUCUAUUUUUCCUUUGGUUUUUGUUUGAUAUAAUGGCCGAGAAGAUUGAAGACUUGAAUUUGCCAAGUGCAACAGUGGCAAGACUCAUCAAAGAAUCCCUUCCCGAACAUGUGGCAGUGGGAAAAGACGCCAGAGCGGCUAUCUCGAGAGCAGCCUCUGUUUUUGUGAUGUUUCUCACCUCUAGGGCUUCGCAAGAAGCCCAGCACGAAACCAGGAAAACCCUUCUGGGCCAGGACGUCAUUAAGGCCUUGGAGGAGCUGGAGUUUGAUGAAUUCAUCGAGCCCCUAAAUGUCGUUUACAAAGACUUCAAAGAGGGAAAGUCGCGAAAGAGCACGCCGAGGAAAAAGGCCGUUCAAAAUGGUACAGAGGAUGGUGAUGAGGAGCAUGAAGACGAAGUCAUGGAUGAAGAAACGGGCGAGUGAGUCCGACGAUUUUAAGCGAAAGGCGAAAGCUAUUUUCAGUGCUCGGAGAAUAAGUUGUCAAAUACAUUAUUCAUGCAGUCA